AUGAAUAGCCAAGAAUUAGCAGACUAUUGCAAACCAUUUUUACUGUCCAUUAUAUAUGGAUACGAUAUUUUCGCACGUAUGAAUCGAUCGACAAUGUCUGAUUUCAAAUGGCGUUUAUUGGAUGCCUUAUCAGCGUGUAAAGUACCUAAGCAUCGUCUGUUAAGUCGUGGAUUGUUCGUGUGCUUACGACGUUAUUUAUUCAAAUGGUGUUUUCCGGAUUGUUUUCCAAGCGAGUCUGUAACAACUGUUGGAAAUGAUACUCUCCUGCUAGAUGCAACGACACAGGAACGCUUGAUUCAGUCGAUUCCACAACUUGCACACGAUGAUAAUGAAAUGCGUGUUUGUCUUUCAUCGCAGGAGAAUUCGUCAAAUUCAGCUAGCACAAGUACCUAUCGAACUGUGCAGUCUAACCGAUUUCGUCCUGGUCCACGUUCACUUCUCUGUUGGAUCAAUCCUGAUAGUGUGCUUCCACAGACUAAUAUACAGUCUACAGAGUCCACUUCACAGGUACAAUCUUCAAAUGACAAAGCCGAUUUGUCCACUACUGAUGAACUUCAGUCGUGCCAGUCAUACGACCUCUCAGAUGGUGUAUUCGGUGGUUUAGUUCUCCAUCUAGUCGAUGUUGAUCUUGAUCAAAGUGAUGAUGAUGACAGUUCCACUAGUCCUAUGAUGAAUGAAAAUAGUUUCAAAGAAGAUGUAAAAGACGGCCGAAAAAUUCAUAAUUCUGGUCUGGAACGAUUGCUCUCAGCAAAGUCGAGUAGAAAAAAUUCAUGUUGUAAAAGUCAUCGUGAAACUAGAAGAACAGUCUCAGCUGUCUGGUCUAAUCCACAACAGUUUAAAACUAUUCUAAUUCACCCACAAAUGCUGAUACACCAUUUACCUGAUCGAGUGUUAAAAGCUGUUGAAUGCCUUCGUCAGACCGUACUCCUAGUGUCAACUGACUCUUCAGAGAAAAAUGGCAUGAAUGGUUUGAAGACGUGUGAUUUUAUACGGAAAUUGAAUAAUGUAUCAUAAUUUUUAUUUAUUUAUUUUUUUGGUGAAGAAGAGUACUUCUUGCAUGGAUUUAUUCACAAUUGUAACUGAAUCAGUAGCUUUCCUUAUAACAAAUUUACUUCAUUUUGAUUCGUGCCAUUGUCUUAUUUCAUCUUUUCAGCUAGCCUAUUGUUCUGCUCUGCCAGACAGACAAUACGCCUUCAAAAAACCACUUUGUACAUUUAUCAUAAGAAUACCCAUUAUGCACUUAUGGAUGUAUUAUCAUGUCUUUGUGAUACAAGUACAUAUUUAAAUCUAAAGAAUAGCAGGGAAAUCUUCCAUCGUAGCUUUGUGCAAUAGUUUGAUUUUUUUUUUUAGUAACACAUUCUUACAACAUUCAGGAAUUUUUUUGGGGUGUAUGGGUAGUGA